UUACUGGGCUGGGUUUGGUUUUAUUUUGAGUGGCUGUGGUCGAGAGGAAGAAAUAUUGUCCAGCAAUGAAUGUCUUUUUACUGAUAUUUCUCUCUGUCCUUACUACUGUUUAUUCUCAAGUCAUUGUUGGUUCGUCAGACUGCUCUGUAACUUGUCCUUCAAGUAAUGAUGCUUCGUACAAGACGUACUGCUGCUCUGACAGCAGCAGUAUGAACAAUAAUAAUAACUACUGCUGUAAUCCAUAUCUUCAACUAUACAUAGGACUAGGUAUCGCUGUUCCUCUUAUAAUACUAAUAAUUGCGACUGUCAUCGUACUCUACUGUUGUUGGUGGAGGCACAACAGAAAGAAAAGACGGCGACUAAUGCAGCUGUAUCUUGCCUCGAGACUUAUCGGAAGAGACGACGACACUCCGCCCCCUUAUAGAGAUAACGAGCUUCCAGAGUACACCGAAGAGGACCCUUAUUCGUCUUUAAAAGAACAACAAGGAGGAGGUGUGGCUUCUGAAGAUAAUGAAGGUGUGGCUGAUGGAGAUCAAGUGAAUCUUAUAGAGCAAGAUACCAUUAGUCCUACAGCUAUAUGAUCAACUGCAAGUCGUAAUUAUUAACAAUCUCUGUACAUGCAUUUCUGAACUCAUUUAUUGAUCUAAAAAUAACUGGUGUUGUCUGUCUAUUUGUCGUAUUAAUAAUCGCAUCAUUCAUUUUAUGCUCUGUACAAUUUUUAUUUAAAUUCACUAUUCAAUCAAUGAUUAAUCUGUUGUGAACCACUUCCUUUGUUUUUGAUAUAUUAUUCAUGAAGAAUUGA